UGCACAACACAGUGAACAGCUGUUGGUGAGUCAGUAUUUAGAAAACUGUUUCGCCUGUUAAAUAUUGAAUUGCACUUGAAAAUAAUCUUUGUAAAUUUGUGCUGCGACAAUGGCAAGUGAAAUGGCGUACAAAAUGAAGGCCAUAAAAUGCCCAACAGACGAACUAUCGCUGACCAACAAGGCGAUUGUCAGUAACGGCGAUUUUACAGAGGAAGUGAAAUAUGCCGACAUUUCACCUGGACCUGGACAGCAUUAUAUAUUUGCGCUGGAGAAGAUUGCGGAGAUGCCACGUGGACAUGUGGGAUUCUCGCUGGUGCAGCGCAAAUGGGCAACACUGUCCAUUAACCAGGAGAUCGAUGUGCGUCCAUACCGCUUCGAUGCCAGCGCGGACAUCAUCACACUGGUCUCCUUUGAGACGGACUUUCUGCAAAAGAAGACCAUCACGCAGGAACCCUACGAUUCCGAUGAAAUGGCCAAGGAGUUCAUCAUGCAGUUCUCGGGAAUGGCACUGACGGUGGGUCAGACGCUGGUCUUUCAGUUCAAGGACAAGAAGUUUCUUGGGCUGGCGGUCAAGACCCUGGAAGCAGUCGAUCCCAGGACUGUGGGUGAUGGCAAGGAGCCAAAGACUCGGAAUGUGCGCUUUGGUCGCAUUCUGGGCAACACUGUGGUGCAGUUCGAAAAGGCCGAGAACUCCGUGCUGAAUCUUCAGGGCCGAUCCAAGGGCAAAAUUGUGCGACAGUCGAUCAUCAAUCCGGACUGGGACUUUGGCAAAAUGGGCAUUGGUGGCCUGGACAAUGAGUUCAAUGCCAUUUUCCGGCGUGCCUUUGCCUCGCGUGUCUUCCCGCCGGAGCUGGUCGAGCAGCUGGGCAUUAAGCACGUGAAGGGCAUACUGCUCUAUGGACCUCCGGGCACGGGCAAAACCCUGAUGGCUCGACAAAUUGGCACCAUGCUGAAUGCACGCGAGCCCAAGAUUGUAAAUGGUCCACAGAUUCUGGACAAAUAUGUGGGCGAGUCGGAGGCGAAUAUUCGCCGUUUGUUCGCGGAUGCGGAGGAGGAGGAGAAGCGAUUGGGACCCAACAGUGGCCUACACAUUAUCAUCUUUGACGAGAUUGAUGCCAUCUGCAAGGCUCGCGGCUCCGUUGCGGGCAACAGUGGCGUCCACGAUACGGUUGUCAAUCAGCUGCUGGCGAAGAUUGACGGUGUGGAGCAACUGAAUAACAUACUGGUCAUUGGCAUGACCAAUCGUCGAGACAUGAUUGAUGAGGCGCUGCUGCGACCUGGUCGCCUCGAGGUGCAAAUGGAGAUUAGCUUGCCCAAUGAACAGGGACGUGUUCAGAUUCUCAAUAUACAUACGAAGCGAAUGCGGGAAUUCAACAAGAUAGCCGGCGAUGUGGACAACAUGGAUAUCGCAUCACGUACCAAGAACUUCAGCGGUGCGGAGCUGGAGGGUCUUGUCCGUGCUGCACAGUCCACGGCCAUGAACCGGCUGAUCAAGGCGGACGCCAAGGUUCAUGUGGAUCCCGAGGCCAUGGAGAAGCUUAAGGUCACUCGUGCCGAUUUCUUGCAUGCCUUGGAGAACGACAUAAAGCCCGCAUUCGGUACAGCUCAGGAGAUGCUCGAGAAUAUGCUGGCUAGAGGCGUCAUCAACUGGGGACAGCCGGUGACUAGCUUGCUGGAGGAUGGCAUGCUGUAUGUGCAGCAAGCUAAAGCCUCCGAGGGCUCCGGACUGGUAUCCGUGCUCAUUGAGGGUGCUCCCAACUCUGGCAAAUCGGCGCUGGCCGCCAAUCUGGCCAAAAUGAGCGACUUUCCCUUUGUGAAGGUCUGUUCGCCCGAAGACAUGGUCGGAUUCACCGAGUCCGCCAAGUGCCUGCAAAUACGAAAGAUAUUCGACGAUGCCUAUCGCUCCACGCUCAGUUGCAUUGUGGUGGACAACGUGGAGCGUCUGCUCGACUAUGGACCAAUUGGACCGCGCUACUCCAACUUAACGCUGCAGGCAUUGUUGGUACUACUCAAAAAGCAGCCGCCUAAGGGUCGAAAACUUCUCAUCUUAUGCACCUCAAGUCGGCGCGAGGUUCUGGAGGAAAUGGAAAUGCUAUCGGCAUUCACCUCCGUCCUGCAUGUGUCCAAUCUAUCCAGCCCUGAACAUGUCUUAACCGUGCUGGAGGACUCGGAUCUAUUCAGUCCCGAGGAGCUGCAAAAUGUUGCCAGAAAAAUGGCCGGCAAGCGAGUGUGCAUUGGCAUCAAAAAGCUGCUGGCUCUUAUCGACAUGGCCCGGCAAUCGGAUCCCCAUUAUCGUGUAAUUAAGUUCCUCUCGAAAAUGGAAGAGGAUGGCGGUCUGGAUUUGGUGGCGAGAACGCAGUAGCUACCGCCUGCCUUUGAACUGAGGAUGUCAGUUGUCGAGCUGAACGAUGCUUUCUGAAGCGUGUCCAAAACUAAAUGCACCAUUGAAAUAGCUCAAAUAGCGAUAUAUAUAUUAAUAUAUACAUACUUAUAAAUAAUACUAAUAUACAAGGAGUAUAACAAGGGCUAGAUAAAAGUACAGAACCGACCAAUAAUAACAAUUAUGUGAACCAAGUUUAUUAACAUUCCACACGAAUCCCAGCAAUUAGGCCUUUCAAACUCUUGGCAUAUUCGUAACUAUUAGAUAGACAAAUAGUUACAGCCUUUAACCUUAUAGUUGCAUUAAGUUAUCCGAUGUCCUUUUAUGAGUAUUUCAUCUUUAAUUUUUGUAAGCACAUAAAAUUGAUGUAACCAGUAAUAAGUUCGAAUGAAUAUACCUCGCUUAUAAGUCCUGUUUGCAAAGGGUAAAUUUUCGGCUAGUGCAACGAUCUACAUAUUAUAAUCGUCUAAUACUAAAC